UCCCACUGCUUGCUUAGCAGCGGUUCUUCUUUUAUGCAGACAUUGAGGAGGAGACAUGUAUGUGAGGACUGCUUCGACGAGUACGGUGAGACUGUGUUCUGCGAGAUGAAGGCCUCCGUUGACGGCGACAGCUCCUCCGCGUUUGUGCGAAUGCGCUCCGCCGAGGAUGCGCAGGCCAUCAUCAAGGCCUACCAGUGCGGGAAGUUCUCGGCAGUAUUCCCCGAUGCACCGAGCCAGGCGGAGGUGGCCGAGCCGCCGCCGGCGGCCGCGACGGCGACAGCGCCGAGCAGCGACCCCUACGGCGGCGGCUCCGAGGCGCCCGGCCCGGCGCCCGCGGCGGAGGAGGCC